AUGCGCCCCUCCUCACCCCUCCUCAACCCGACCACAUGGCUCUCAUCCCUCAAAACAGCCCAGCUCCAAAAGAUCGCCCACGCAACGGGCAUCCGCUCCGCCGGCCCCAAGGCAGCCCUAAUAAGCCGACUGGAGACGGAGCUCGCGCAAUGCGAGUACACCGUCCCCCCCAAGAGUAAGACGCAGAAACAACAAAAAACGCAGCCCCAGAACCUCAGUAUCCUCAGCAUCGACAUGGGUAUCCGCAACCUGGCCUUUGCGCAUCUUCUGGUCCCCGGUGCCACAGGUAGUACUAGUACUAGUAGUAGUAGUGCAAUGCCGCCGCCAACCCUAAACGCCUGGCGCCGAUUGGCCGUCUCGGAUCUACUAGUACCUGAGCUGGGGUCAACAGGCUGGACACAGCAGCCAUCUGAUAUGGAUGAGCUCAGCGAAUUAGCUUGUCAAAAGGAGAAAGAUGCGAAAGACAUGUUCCAUCCCUCGCCGUAUGCCAAACAGGCUUAUGUGCUGAUCACGACGCUGCUGGAGAAAUACCAGCCCACGCAUGUCCUCAUCGAGAGACAGCGGUUCCGCUCCGGUGGCGGCAGUGCCGUGCAGGAGUGGACGCUGCGGGUCGGCGUCUUCGAGGGCAUGUUGUAUGCUGUUUUGUAUGCGUUGCGCCGCGAGAGGGGGCGAUCUUCUUCUUCUUCUUCUUCUUCUUCUUCUGGUGGCUCGGCGCCCGUGGUCCUCGGCGUGGAGCCGCAACGCGUGGUCCGGUAUUGGGGGGAUGGGCUUGGCGUGGAGAAGGAGAAAAAGGGGAGGAGUAGUGCGCGCGAGGGGAAGAAGGUGAAAAUGGAUUUGGUUGGGGGGUGGUUGGAGGAUGCGUUGGCGGAUGGGGAGCGGGACGUGAAGGUGGCCGUUUCGGGGGAGGGCGAGCUCCGGCAGUGGGUGGAGGCGUAUUUGGCCAAGUGGAAGGGCCAGAAGAGGAGACGCGGUCAGGUGGGUGUGCUUGAUAUUGGGAAGCUGGAUGAUUUGGCGGACUGUCUGUUGCAGGGCGUGACCUGGUUGGAUUGGCAUAUUAUGCGCGAUCGUAUCUUGCGCGACGGUGUUGGGGCUUUGGAGAUUGAUUGA